CACAGGAGCAGAGAGGGCAGGAGCCAGGGUUGGGCAUAAAAGGCAGAAAAAGACCGGCUGCAGCUUACACUUGCUUCUGACACAGUUGUGUUCACUGGCAACCCAGAAACAGACACUAUGGUGCACCUGACUGCUGCAGAGAAGUCUGCCAUCUUAGACCUGUGGGGCAAGGUCAACGUGGGAGAAAUUGGUGCCGAGGCCCUGGGCAGGCUGCUGGUUGUAUACCCAUGGACCCAGAGGUUCUUUGAGAAAUUUGGGGACCUGUCUUCUGCUUCUGCUAUCAUGAGCAAUGCGCAUGUGAAGUCUCAUGGCGCAAAGGUGCUGGCUUCCUUCAGUGAAGGCUUGAAACAUCUGGAAGACCUCAAGGGCACCUUUGCUAAGCUGAGCGAGCUGCACUGUGACAAACUCCACGUGGAUCCUGAGAACUUCCGUCUCCUGGGUAACAUGAUUGUGAUUGCUCUGGCCCAUCACCAUCCGUCGGAGUUCACCCCUUGCACGCAGGCUGCCUUCCAGAAGGUGACUGCUGGUGUGGCUAAUGCCCUGGCUCACAAGUACCACUGAACAUUCUUUUCUGCCACCCACCUCUUGAGGGAGGUUUCUCUGUCCCCUGAGAACAACUACUAAAUACAGGGGAAAUUAUGGAGUUCCUUGAGCAUCAUGCUUCUGCCUAAUAAAGAACAUUUCUUUUCACUGCAAUAA